GUUUCGUAACUAUAAUCAGUUUAGUUCUCGCAUUGUAAGAGUCGUGUGCCUUAUCCGAUUAGGAAAAAAAUAAAGGAAAAACACAAAUUUGUUUUUUUGUCCAAAUUCUAUGUUGUGAUUCGUGAUUCAUAAUUUUUUUUGCGUAUUUUGUAUUGUGUGUACAUUCGUCUACGUUUUGACACCAAGUUACAAAAUCAAUUCGCGGAUCUGUAUUCAACUUUUUGAAGGCACACGAAAUUGCAGCCUUGUUGCAACUAAAUCGGUCCGUAACAGGGAUAACAGGUAUAUACAUCCUAAAGAAUUAGCAAUAUGAACAAGCUGCGCAAUACAAGCCUCCUGAAGUCUGUGGUCCAGAGUCGCCUGCCGACUGUUAAGUCUAUUCGGCAUGCCUGCGAAGGGGAUACCAGUUCAGUGAAGGGUCUCGUGCUCGGCCUUUAUCAAAAGGAGGGCGACAAUGAUCCCAAACUGACGCCCACCGGCCAGAAGAUUGACGAUAAACUGAAAGGCAAGCUGGCAAAUUUGAUAUGUGAAACGAAGCUCUCAGGCCACUUGGGACGCGGCAAGAUUUUCAACAACAUCGAUCCAGAGUUUAGAAGCGUGGCCGUGGUGGGCGUCGGCCUCGAGGGCAUCGGCUUCAAUGAACUGGAAAUGCUCGACGAGGGCAUGGAGUUUGUCCGUGUGGCUGCCGGCGUUGGAGCUCGUUCGCUGCAAAAGAUCGGCUGCACGGAUAUCUUUGUCGAUGGCAUGGACUAUGCCGAGCAGGCGGCGGAGGGCACUGGCCUUGCCUUGUGGCGUUACGUUGACAAAGGCUCCAAGAAAAAGCAACCGAAGGUGCCCACGAUGAAUUUAUACGACUCGCCCGACAUGGAAAGCUGGACGCGUGGUCUCUUCAAGGCGGAGGCCCAGAAUUUGGCUAGGCGACUAAGCGAUACCCCGGCCAAUUGUAUGACACCCACUCUAUUCGCCCAGGCCACGGUGGAUGCUCUGUGCCCUUGUGGCAUCACCGUGGAGGUCCGAACCAUGGAUUGGAUAGAAAGUCAAAGGCUGACCUCAUUCCUGAUGAUCGCCAAGGGCAGCUGUGAGCCACCCGUCCUUCUGGAAAUGACCUAUUGCGGCACCAAUCCAGAAGAUAAGCCCAUUCUAUUCCUGGGCAAGGGCAUUACCUUCAACUCGGGCGGCAUUAAUUUAAGGAGCUGCAAGGGCAUGAAUGAAUACAGAGCCAGCAUGUCGGGAGCGGCGGCUUGCGUGGCCAUGAUGCGUUGCGCUGCCGCCCUGUCGCUGCCCAUCAAUAUCAGCUGCAUCAUACCCCUGUGCGAGAAUAUGCCCUCGGGCAUGUCCUGCAAGCCGGGCGAUGUGGUCACUCUACUUAAUGGCAAAACUAUGGCCAUCCGUGAUCUAGACAAGGCCAGUGUGGUUGUCUUGGCGGAUCCCAUGAUCUACGGUCAAUUUACGUACAAGCCCCGGUUGGUGGUCGAUGUGGCCACAGUGGGAACUGGCGUCAAGAAGGCCUUCGGUGGCGGUGCCACCGGUAUUUUCUCAAAUUCUCACUACAUCUGGAAGCAGUUCCAAUCCGCCGGCGCCCUCACCGGAGACCGGGUGUGGCGUUUACCGCUGUGGCGUUACUACAAGAAGCAGGUCACCGAUAACAUAAGCUACGACGUUAGCAACAAUGGCCGGGGCUUGGCCAACUCGUGUCUGGCCGCUGCCGUUCUCCAUGAAUUGGUACCGUGCGUGGACUGGGCCCAUCUGGAUACCCGGGGCACCGGCUUGCAGACGAAGUACGGACUGAUACCAUACCUCCCCAGCAAUACGAUGACUGGCCGGCCAACGCGUACCUUGGUCCAGUUCCUGUACCAAAUGGCCUGUCCCGCCGAUCCCCAGGGAUCUUAGGCAUUGUCGAGAUCAACAACUGUAGACGUAUGCGUAUAAGAGUGUCUGAAACUCUGCAGAACCUUUUUUAAUGCCCGUUUUGUGCAGCAAAAGCCAGUUUUCUGUGAUUCCCUGUUGAGCGUCCAGUGUAUCCAAAAUUGUUUGUUGUAGUAUUUAAAAAUUUUAUGCAUAAAUUUGUUUGUUUUAUGGUUAA